AGCUUGUGGUUCAUUUGAUUUGGGGGUGCGGCGCCGCCCAAAAACGGCGUCAGGUCGGCAGAAUGGUGGAGGCUGGUGAAGACCUGACCGCCGCAGAUGCUGAAAUCGAGGAGAUGCAGAAAAGAGUCGCUGAGAUGGAAGAAGAGGCCGAAAAAUUGAAGAAACUCACCGACUCCGUAGAUGAAACCGGCGAUGGUGUCGAUCGAGAAGAGGUUGACAAGCGAUCAGUGUAUGUUGGGCAAGUUGACUACGGUGCUACACCGGAGGAGUUGCAGGAACACUUCAAGACCUGUGGGCAGAUUAAUCGCAUCACGAUUUUGGUGGACAAGUUCAGUGGCCAUCCAAAGGGCCGGGCCUACAUCGAGUUCGGCGAUGAGCAGAGCGUACAGAACUCUCUCUUGCUGAACGGCUCCCUGUUUCGAGGCAGACAAUUGAAGGUCACCCAGAAGAGGACCAACAUCCCAGGUUUCAACAAGGGCAAAGGUAAAGGAAAGGCCAAGGGAAAGGGCAAAGGCAAAGGCUACUACGACCCUUGGGAUCCUUGGGCAGACCCGUACUACUAUGGCGCGUGGAGGAAAGGCUACAAGGGGAAGGGCAAGGGGUAUUCUCCCUACUGAGUCUGCGAUCGUGUCAGGGCGGUUCACAGCGCGCCGCAACAGCCGGUUUCAGUGUAAAAUGUAUAAUGGCGGAGUCACAACGUCGGCAGUUUCCAGAUAGAAAUGGUUCUUGGUCUCUGAAAUCUGAC